AUGGGAGAAAAUCCAAGCCAUAGGGUGGAUGAAUGUGGAGCUGACGAUCACGAAAGACCGGAUGGGGACGACUGCAUUAAGGAAGAUGAAGAAGCAGUCGGUUGGGACGGUGCAUAUGGAUUUUUCGAUAGCAUGAAUUUGGAAGAUUGCCUUCGAUUCCUUGCAAUUACGCACCAGCUCCCCCGUUCGGCGGUCAACAUGAUGCUGGCCAUCCUACGGAAGAAGCUCGAUUUGGAUCUUCCCAAAGAUGCGCGGACAUUGAUGAAAACACCUUCCCCUGGUAAUAGCAAAAUCGUUGCUAUCCAGGGAGGUGAUUUUUGGUACGGAGGAUUGAAAUCAGUCCUGACCAAAUGUGUUACUCCUGUAGCUCUUUCCAAAGCCCUCAAUCCCGAAGCGACACAUUUUUCACUCGAUGUGUCAAGCGACGGGCUGCCACUCCAUAAGGCUGGGCCAACACAGCUUUGGCCUAUUCUUGUUAAAGUGGUAGAGUUCCCAAAGCCCCCGGUUAUGACGGUAGCCACAUUUAGUGGACCAUCCAAACCGGAGAGCAUCGAAGAAUUCUUGCGGCCGCUGGUGAAUGAACUAUAUGAAAUUCACCAAGGAGGUUUGGUUAUCGGCGAUAGAACGUUGCACUUUAAAAUUCUCAAUUUUAUCGCCGACUCUCCGGCUCGAGCUUUAAUUAAAGAAGGCAAUUUUGAAAGAUUUCCUCGGUGGUCCCCUCAAGUAAAGGAAGUUGUUUCUAAAUUUUUAGUACAGAUGCAACUUCCAUCUGAAAUUCAUCGUACGCUUAGAAGCGUACAGUACGUUGCUUUUUGGAAGGCAUCCGAAUUUAGGACCUUCCUUCACUAUGCAAGUGUUGUGGAUUUGAAGGACUGUUAUGAUGCGCCAGGCUACAGUCACUUCCUGCUUUAUUUUUGCGGUGUUACGAUUUUGUCAUCAUCGUACCACCAGUACCUCUGGAUCCGUGCAAAAGAUUUCCUUUUCCGAUUUUUUAAGGAUUUCGGCACAUUUUAUGGUCGUACCCACAUGACCAGCAAUGUCCAUAAUCUCCAACACGUGUUUGGAGAGGUUACAAUGUUUGGACCGCUUGAUGACUUUUCUGCAUACUGCUUCGAAAACCAUUUACAGCAGAUCAAACAAUGGGUUAGAUCUGGCAAGAAGUGUGCGGAGCAAGUGGCAGCCACAUCAAAUGAAAUUGCCACAAUCUUAAUGGCUGCCAAUAUUAUUGUUCCGAAUUAUCCAUGCUUGAAGAGAAACGGUAUCGGAAUACACGUGACCGCCGAUUUUGUCUUAAUGCCAAAUUUCAAAGAUCAAUGGUUUUUAACUAAAAACUACGAUAUUGUUAAAUGUUUGGAAACAAGGACAUCAUCUUUGUUUCCUAUCUCCGUAGUUGGUAUCCGGUUUUUGUCCAAGGCGCCGCUUUUUGUGUUGUCUGCAGAAGAUAAUUCCUUUGUAAUAACCUCUUCGGCAGACAUACACAUUUACCAAAUAAGGGAAAAUGCGCCAACUGAAAGAGUGGAAUUAUCUUGCAAUGGAAUCUUGUGCAAGCUGGUAGCAGUCCGAUUGCCUGCUCAACCAUUAACUCUUCCUUCUACUCCAACUCUACUCACUACUGGCAGUUGUUUCUUUUUUGCCGUGCUGGGCAACCUGCGUUUCUAA